AGUUGUCGGCACUUGGAGCAGUAUUCACAGAUAUUGAAAACAGACUAGACGCAUUUAUUAUAACUCUUCAAUCAAUUAUUUCAAAGUUUAGAUAUAUAGGUAUAAAAUUAUUUUGAAAACAAUGUCUUUGAAAAUUGAAGCUGAAACGAAACUUGGUUCAGAGCCGUGUGUGUUGACCUGGGGCAACAAAUUAUUUGUUGGCUCUGAAGACGGGUCGAUUAACGCAUUUGAUGGUAAUUUAACAUCAAAAGAAUCAUGGACGGCGCAUGCAGUGCAGCCAUUUGCCUUGGCUACUGACGGAGACACCUUGUAUUCAUCAUCAAAUGACGGGGGAAUUCGAGUGUGGUCCAUGAAGGGAGACCAAGUCACCGAGCUACCUUCUACUGGAGCUGAUGUGGGAGCCCUGCACGUGUUUGAUAGACAACUUUACGCCGGCGAUGAGGACGGCAACAUUAUUAUCUACGAAAAGAAUGAGAUAAAGGCGAAAUACAAUGUUUUGGAAGAAGUAAAAGAUAUUUGCCUCAGCCCUCCGUUCCUGUUUACAGUUCGGGAUCUUUAUGUUACUGCGACUGAAAUAAAACCUGAGGAAUCGAAGACACGUUUUAUGACGCGACACACAAUGGAAGGACGAGCUCCUUUACGGAUAUCUGGAAACAGACUCCUGUUCAUGUCCAGAGAUGGCAAUAGCUUGAGGUUACACGAUGCUUCCGUUGAUACUACAUUCAAGUCACUCGAUGAAGUCAAGGUUAGCGACAUGAUCCUAACAAGUUUGUCCACAAGCGGGCAGUACGCAUGGACCGGUGGUUGGGAUGGCUUCGUGCGCCGGUGGAAGAUAGCUGGCGAUAAACUGGAAGCAGCUGGAGAUAUCAAUCUUGGUGGUUGUAUCAAUUCGCUAGUUGCCGCUGCUGGUGACUCCGCCUAUGUAGCAGUGUCUGGUGGGAAAGUAGCUCACCUGCGCGCUGUAUAGGAGAUAAGAAUAUACCUACGAUACAUUAUCUGUGGGCGUCUUGUAACGUGCAGGGCGUGAGAUUUAGCAACAGGCUAAUGAUUGCCUAAGGCUCCACAUAGACUAGAGACACUCCUGUCGAAAUAUUCGUAUAUUUGUGUUACUUGACAUAUUGUUGUGUUGAGUCCCAGUGUGAAUGCCAAAAGAUUUAAGUAUGAAAUAUUUGAUGCAAAUUAUUUUAUAACUUUAAUAUUACCAUAUAAAUGUUUUUCAACUUCUUAUAAUUUUUAUGAGUGGGUUUAAUAAAGAAAACUGAAAAAAUGAAUACUUUUUAUUAGUGUGAGUGCUAAGAAUGGUUUCUGUGGGUCCAAUUUCAGAUCUGGAAAAGUAUCAUAUUACAGAAAAGCCAAAAAGUGGGUGAUAAUUAUUGAUUACUGGUUGCUAACUUCUUUUUAGAAGAAUUAUGUGAUAUUAUGUAGCAGUUAAAUAAUUUAAUGGGCUGACAUUUGACCACUAUAUCGCCUGGUGGUAAGUGAUAGUGUGGUUUGUGAUGGAACACAAAAAUAUAGCACAUACAUUCAAAAAAGUAGAAGUUUGUUAGAACUCAUGAUAGUUUUGGACCUAAACA